GUGACUUGCGAAGUGGCGGCCCUGCGCACUGAAACCCUUGUCCGCCAUCUCUAUACUGGAAGACUUACGAGUGGAAGCGGCGGCGGGGUUUAUUAUAACACCGCAAAAAAGAGAGAGACCUGGAUUGCAAACGGAAAAGAAUAAGGACGGGGUCGAGGGGGCUUAUUAUAUCAGAUAUCUAGGCAACUUUUAUUUCUUCUCCCUCAAUAUACAGGAAUACCCCGUUCGUCUUUAAUGUAAAAAAAAAAAAAAAUCACCCCCACCCCCAAAACCCAUAAAGACAAUUUAAAUAUGUCGAAUCUCAGCAAAACCAGCUCUAAGAAGGAUACCAAGAUGAGGAUAAGAGCCUUUCCUAUGACAAUGGAUGAAAAGUAUGUGAACAGCAUAUGGGACCUCCUGAAGAAUGCCAUCCAGGAGAUUCAGCGGAAGAACAACAGUGGUCUUAGCUUUGAGGAACUUUAUAGAAAUGCAUACACCAUGGUGUUACAUAAACACGGAGAGAAGCUUUAUACAGGACUCAGAGAAGUUGUCACAGAACAUCUAAUUAACAAAGUAAGAGAAGAUGUAUUAAACUCGUUAAAUAAUAACUUCUUGCAAACAUUAAAUCAAGCUUGGAAUGAUCAUCAGACAGCCAUGGUAAUGAUCAGAGACAUAUUAAUGUAUAUGGACCGUGUAUAUGUCCAGCAGAACAAUGUUGAGAAUGUCUACAAUCUGGGGUUAAUAAUUUUUAGAGAUCAAGUUGUUCGAUAUGGAUGCAUUCGAGAUCACUUAAGACAAACACUUUUGGAUAUGAUUGCAAGAGAAAGGAAAGGUGAAGUAGUAGACAGAGGUGCGAUAAGGAAUGCCUGUCAGAUGCUUAUGAUUCUUGGCCUUGAGGGAAGAUCUGUGUAUGAGGAAGAUUUUGAAGCUCCCUUUUUAGAGAUGUCUGCUGAAUUUUUUCAGAUGGAAAGUCAAAAGUUUUUAGCAGAGAAUAGUGCAAGUGUGUAUAUAAAGAAAGUAGAGGCUAGAAUAAAUGAAGAAAUUGAGCGGGUCAUGCAUUGCUUGGACAAAUCCACAGAAGAACCCAUUGUUAAAGUAGUGGAAAGGGAACUCAUCUCGAAGCACAUGAAGACUAUAGUUGAAAUGGAAAACUCUGGGCUUGUUCAUAUGUUAAAAAAUGGAAAGACAGAAGAUCUAGCUUGCAUGUACAAGCUUUUUAGCAGAGUGCCAAAUGGCCUGAAGACUAUGUGUGAGUGUAUGAGUUCAUACCUACGGGAACAAGGAAAAGCAUUGGUUUCAGAAGAAGGAGAAGGCAAGAACCCUGUGGAUUAUAUUCAGGGUCUUCUGGAUCUGAAAAGCCGGUUUGACCGCUUUUUGCAAGAGUCUUUCAGCAAUGAUAGACUUUUCAAACAGACGAUAGCUGGUGAUUUUGAAUAUUUUCUCAAUCUUAAUUCCCGAUCACCAGAGUAUUUAUCUCUAUUUAUAGAUGAUAAAUUAAAAAAAGGUGUCAAGGGACUUACAGAACAAGAAGUGGAGACUAUUUUGGAUAAAGCAAUGGUUCUGUUUAGGUUUAUGCAAGAGAAAGAUGUGUUUGAGCGGUAUUACAAGCAACACUUGGCGAGGAGACUACUUACUAAUAAAAGUGUUUCUGAUGAUUCAGAGAAAAAUAUGAUUUCAAAAUUAAAGACAGAGUGUGGCUGCCAAUUCACAUCUAAACUUGAGGGUAUGUUUAGAGAUAUGAGUAUCUCUAACACAACAAUGGAUGAAUUUAGACAACAUCUACAAUCUACAGGGGUUUCCUUAAAUGGAGUAGAUUUAACAGUACGAGUUUUGACAACUGGUUAUUGGCCUACACAAUCUGCCACUCCAAAAUGCAACAUCCCUCCAGCACCUAGACAUGCUUUUGAAGUUUUUAGAAGGUUUUAUUUGGCUAAACAUAGUGGCCGUCAACUUACACUCCAGCAUCAUAUGGGCUCAGCAGAUUUGAAUGCUACAUUUUAUGGUCCAAUUAAAAAGGAGGAUGGUUCUGAUGUUGGUGUAGGAGGAGCUCAAGUAACUGGUUCUAAUACCAGAAAGCACAUACUUCAAGUUUCCACGUUCCAGAUGACAAUAUUAAUGCUUUUUAAUAAUAGAGAAAAAUACACCUUUGAGGAAAUCCAACAAGAGACAGAUAUUCCUGAAAGAGAACUGGUAAGGGCAUUACAGUCAUUGGCAUGUGGCAAGCCAACACAAAGAGUACUUACAAAGGAGCCCAAAUCCAAGGAAAUUGAAAAUGGACAUGUUUUUACAGUGAAUGAUCAGUUUACCUCAAAACUACACAGAGUAAAGAUUCAGACAGUUGCUGCCAAACAAGGAGAGUCUGAUCCGGAAAGAAAAGAAACAAGACAAAAGGUAGAUGAUGACAGAAAACAUGAGAUUGAAGCUGCCAUUGUUCGUAUUAUGAAAUCAAGAAAAAAGAUGCAACAUAAUGUGCUGGUAGCAGAGGUGACUCAGCAGCUGAGGGCUCGUUUCUUACCAAGCCCAGUUGUAAUUAAAAAGAGAAUUGAAGGACUUAUUGAGAGAGAAUAUUUGGCACGAACACCUGAGGAUCGCAAAGUUUAUACAUAUGUAGCGUGAAAUGCAUUCAUUGAGUUAAAAAAUAUUUUGGACUACAUUAUAAGCAUGAACUGGGAAGUUCCUUUUAAUUAAGCAAACACUGGGAAGACCUCUUCUCCAUUUAAAACAAAGAAAAAGUGUUCUAGAAUAUUUAAAUCAGGCCUCUAUUCCCUGUGAGAAUUUUCAACAUGAAUGGAUCCAGCUUCAAGCUUUUCACCACUUUACCCUCGUAGAGAUCGCCUCUAAACAAUCCUUGGGAAUAAUGUGAAUGCACAGCAUUGUUUUCAAAACUGUAAAAACAAAAAAAAAUUAAAUAAAAAAAUCACAAAAAUGGAUUAUUGUUCAUAUGAAUAAAAUACUUGUUGAAAUUUCUCUCCCCACUUCUUAAUGUUGAUGUAAUUGUGUUUUCUUAGUGUUUUGCAGCACCUUGCUUGAUUGUACAGAUUUGAAGUCAAAUGCAGCAAAAAUAAGGUUUGACAGUUUUAAUCUAAAUUAAAUCUGCAACUGAUGGAUAAUUUCUGUAGCACCUAGCAAAGGAUGCUUUGUAGCAUGCUAUAUUUUACCAAUUGGAACUCUUCACUCAUGCUAGUAGUAAAAUGCUUCAUUUUGGUGGGGGACUAAUGUACAUUUUCAACCCAAUAUUGCCUACUCCUUUUUGAAACUGGGUUCUUCAGAGUACGGUUCAUGAGGGAUUUUUGUUUUUUAUUUUUUUAUUUUUAUUUUUUGUUUCUGACAGGCUGAUAAAGGAUUCGAUUUAACACGUUUUACUGUGUAUAAAAUGUAAAAUAAUUCUGUCAUUGUACUCACUAAGAGGUCAAUUGUACAGACCCUUGUUUCCAUCAUAUUAAACGUCUAAAAAGGAAAA